AUGGGGCAAUUAGCCAAUGCUAUCAACAAUAGGCCUCAAGGGACCCUAUUGAGCAAUACUGAACCGAAUCCUAAGAGGGAAGGCAAGAAACCUAUUAUGACAGUAACCUUUCGAAGUGGGAAAGAGGUCAAAGAUGCACAGGCAACACAUGCUCCUCCUCCAUUUCCUCAACACUUCCAAAAGAAAAAGUUGGACGCUCAAUUUCAAAAAUUUCUAGAGGUAUUCAAGAAGCUCUACAUCAACAUCCUUUUUACUGAAGCUUUGGAGCAAAUGCCUUCAUAUGUUAAGUUUUUGAAAGAUUUCUUGACAAAUAAAAGGAGACUAGAUGAAUAUGAGAUAGUGGAAUUCACUAAAGAGUGUAGUGCUAUUAUCCAAAAUAAGCUUUCACCAAACCUUAAUGAUCCAAGGAGUUUUUUUGUACCUUGUGCUACUAGUAGUUCUAAAUUUUCUAAAGCUUUGUGUGACUUAAGUGCUAGUGUUUCACUGAUGCCUUUUUCUGUUGCUAGAAAACUUGGACUUAAGGACAUUCAACCUACUAUAGUUACCUUACAAUUAUCAUAUAGAACAAUCAGGCAUCCCAUUGUGAUUAUAGAAGAUGUCUUGGUUAAAAUUGGGCAUUUGUACAUUCUAGUGGAUUUUCUUGUGCUUGAGAUGGAAAAGGAUGUGGAAAUUCCUCUAAUCUUAAGAUGUCCAUUCUUGGCAAUUGCAAGCGUAACCAUUGAUGUCAAGGAAGGUAAAAUAACAUUCAGAGUUAGAAAAGAGACCACUAGAAAGCUAAAAGGAAAGGUAACAACUUUCGUGUUUAUCACUUCAGUCAGUUCUGAUCGGAUCAUGGUCAAAAUUGCAUUAGAAGCUGAAGGAGUGUUGCAAACAGCACAGCAGCAAACAAAGGGUCUAGCACUUAGGCGUAGGCCACCCUUCAACAUGCAACAACUAGGGACAAAGAGCCUAGUUCCCAACCACCAAACCCUCGGUGCCUAG